CAACGGCACAUCCGAUGCGAUCUUCACUUGCCAUGACCAAGCAGCGGCUGAUUGGGAUCUCGCUGCUUUGCUUCGGUUCCAUGACCAGCUUCGACUCCAUUGGCUUUGCGACCCCGCACCUCGACAAAGGCGUUUUACAGCCUGGCGUCCUUGUGUUUGGCGCAGAGUAUUGCGGCCCUUGCAAGGUCUUAUGCCGCCGGCUGCGCAGCUUGGGGCUGGAAGAGGGGCUGCAUUGGCGGUAUAUAGAUGUGGAGGAUUUCAGCGCAAAUGGUGGCGCCGCUUUGCUUGAUGCUAUGAAUCCACCGCCCUUUGCUUCGUUGCCUAUGCUGGCAGUGUUGGGGUCUGAUGGCUCAAGGCGACUUGAGCUCGCAGAGGAGUUGAUGGCCUUCAGCGAUGCUGAGCUAAAGUCUUUCUGGACACCCCGCGAAGAAAACGUGCUCUUGCUGGCAGAACUGUUUGUCCGACUGGCAGACAUGUCUAACAUGUCCUCCCUGAUUUCCAUCCAAAUCACGACUGGAGUUGGAGUAUCAUGGCUGGUUCAAGGAAGCAAACAUGAAGAAAGAACCAUACUCAG